AUGGAAUCAAUAGACAACAACCAAUUUGAGCUGAAACCUGUAAAGAACAAACGGAAGAUAGCAGCACCUUGCCCAAACGCGUACCUGAAUCCAGCGCUGGAUCUCCUUGUGAACGAAGACCCUAUGUGUAACACAGCCAUGGAAAUAGUACCAAAUAAGAAACGAAAACGUACAAGAAGUUGCAGUGAUAUAACCACAUUUGAAAAUUGUGCAUUAGAUUUAGGUGCAAAUAAGGUACAUGUGAAUGAAUUCUUAGCUCGUGAGCUAGACAAUGUUAAAAAGAAUGUUAGACUGAACCAUGCAGAGGAAACUGCAACAAAUAGUGAUGUUAAUGAACCGGUUUAUAGUAAUGUAAAUAUUGUACGACCCUUGUCAGUUAAUAGUUCAGUGAACUCAUCUGUAAAUCUGUCACAAAAAGUUCAGUUGCAUAGUAUACAAAAUAAUGCAACACAGGAUAUAAUUUGUACUGAAACUUCAGUGCCAAACAAUAACACAAUGGAUAUUUCUUUAGCUAACGAAGAUAUAGACUCAGGUAUAUCAGUAUUAGAUCAAAAAUCUUUAAAUGAAAACAUAAAUGUAUUAUCACCAAUAACUAACAUUGAGACGAACAUCACUAACCAAGUAUUUGUAAACAAUAUGAAUAAUUCCAGUAAUUUGAAUCUCAGUUUCAUAGACAGACUCGCUUUAGAGUCACCCAACUUGUCAAACCAAUCUUUGUUUUAUGAUGAUGACUUGAAUGAGAGUAAUAUUAUGGAAAUUAAAACUAUAACAAUUAUAACCAAGAAGAAAAGGGUUUGUAACAAUAAAAAUACAAAUCCAUUUUUAGAUCCUAACUUAGUUAACACAGUUCAAAGCGUAACUAGUCAAAAUCCAUUUUUAAACUUAGAUGAAACCAAACCAGAGUUAGAAUACAAUGAUGAUGUUUUGAAUAGACCUGCUAUAGCUCCAGUGCCAUUUGAAAAGGUGCUAGAGCCCCGUCGAUUAUUUGGAGACACAAACAGCACCAUAUCAACUGUAAAUGAAUCUCUGGAUGGUCAUCAUGAAUAUGAGAAUGUAGAUAAUUAUAGAUCUGAAAGCCCUCUAUAUGAAAAUAUUGAAGAAGUGAAUGAUUUCAACAAACAAAGCAGAAUUCUUGGUCAUGAUGUUUCACAUUUCAGUGCAGUUGAUAUUAUGAACUUAAACAAAAACUCCCAACAAAAUUGUACUAAUGAAUCCAAUGACAGUAAAAAUAAUAAAUCUAAAAGUUCAUUUUUAAAAGUUGGUAAUAAAUUGUCCAAAAAAGUUUUUAAAACAUUAAAAAAGACAUUCAAAGGAGAAAAAUCUGAGAACAAUAUAAGCUUAAACCCUUAUGAAGUGCCAAGAAAAGCUUCUAAACCGACUACUGCACCCAAAGAAACAGGUAUAGAAAAUCCUGCUUUAAAUUUAGACAAUUCUGAUGAGAUUGAGAUAGAAGAAAUUGAUGAUGAACAUCAAUAUGAAACAGUCAAAACACUAAGAAACACACACCUUAAUAUGAAUAUCACUCCAUUAAAAGAACGCAAUGAUAAUGCAGACAUAUCUCAUAAUAAAACCAAUACUCCAGGAAAGAAGGUCCGGUUUGAUUCCACUCUGAAUCAAGAGAAAGUUAUUACAGGAAAUAGCUUUGACUAUGAUAUACAAAGUCCAGGGUUUGAUGUCAAGUUGGACAAGUAUCAUGAUGAGUUAGAGAACUGUAUAAAUGAAAGAAAGUUUUUGCAACAGAAUAUGUGA